GAUCAGUUGAGAGUGAAACUCUCAGACGUUCAAUUCGUCUCAAAUAUUUUUUUUCUUGAAAUAUUUUGACAAUUUUUAUCGACAAUAUGAAAGUUUCUUUGUUGUUUGUUUUAGUUUUCUGUGUACAUUCAAGCUAUCAGCAAAUGAAUCGUCAACAGACUCAAACUCAUUCGCUUAGUUAUUCCGAAAGCGAUUUUAAUCCACAACAGCCAAUUUAUCGUUCCACAACGACUGAAGCUCCUGAAACGACGACGAAAAAAAAGGGUUUCUUUAGUUCCAUUACAGGUUUCUUUAAAUCGAAAGAUAAGGAAACUACAACAACCACUCAACGACCUACGACAACGAAGAAAACUGUCGUCGUUUCGACUGUUAACAUUCCAACUGUUUUAAGUACUACAACAGUUAAAACUAUUCCUUCUCAAACACCCUCAAGAGUGGUUCCACCGCGUGACGACUUUCCAACUUUACCACCACCUCGUUUUCCUACAGCGACAUCUCCAACAACUCCAGGAGUGCCAAAGAAAAAAGAUGAAUUUCCUCCGCUUCCUACACAACCCCCAAGUCGCCAACCCCCGCCACCAUCUCAAGGGCCUUCAAUUCCAAAUGCCUGGGGAAAGCCACCGGGUGUACCAGGCAGUCCCUCACAGAAACCACAAAGUUUCUUCAUUGUGACAACACCAACGCAAAGACCUAUCGUGCAAACAUCAACAGUUAGUUCUGGUCCCGUCACCGACGCUGAAUUGUUGACACUUUCCGACUCACUUUUCUCAAAAGACAUUAGCAACCCAUUUAAAUAUGUUACUGUGAAUUAUCAAGGACGAACAUAUUCUUCAGCUACAACCGAUGAAGCUUCACAAUCUUUGUUGAAAAUCGAUGAUAAAUUGUAUACAUUGAACACGGUAGAGAAGAUGAAAAUGAUGUUUAACAAUUACGAGCAGGAUACUUCAAUUAAUGAGUACGUUUCGCCCAACGAACGAAAGGAAGAAGAUGAGUUUAUUGAUGCUGUUCUAGGGACUCCCGUCAUGCGUCACGCAAUGAACUUUUUAACACAGAAGGGAAUCGUGACGUCGGAUCCGCAAACCCAUCGCGAUCUGUUGAAGACAAUAUGGUUUAAUCUUUAUUCACGUGGCAUGGGAAAAAUUGGAAGCAGCGGCUUUGAACAUGUUUUCUUGUCAGAGGUGAAGAAUGGAACGGUUAUUGGAUUACACAAUUGGAUUUAUAUGAGUGAAGUGGAAAAGUCCGGUGAUUUGGACUACAAAGGCUGGACGAAGAAAAUUGAUUUAGGAAAUAAAGGACAAAUAGCAAAGGUUCGAUUCACGUUGAACAGUCUCAAUAAGCCUUCAAAUUCAAUAUUUAUUGGAACAUCACCUGAACUUGAGCUUGCUAUCUACACUGUUUGUUUUGAAUUGAGAGCUGAUAAAGAUUGCAGAUUGUCUUAUGGUGGAAAAGAUUUCAAUAUUGUUACACAUUCGUAUCGAUAUCGAGGAAAAAAUUUAAUAGGAAGUGCAUAUCCUGAAAUAUAAAACGACACGCUCGCUGAAACAAAAAUACUCGUUACAUUUUUACAUUUUUAACAGGAAAUAUUGAAGCGAAUGUUUUCUGAUGAAUAAAAAUAUAUUUUGAUUGGAAUACAUAAUUUAAUGUUUGAAUUUUCACUCCUUUAAACUUUUUACUGCUCGGGAUUAUGACUUUUCAUGAAAUGUAAUUCAAUUUUAAUUCAAUAAAACUCUUAUGAUGAGGAAGAUUUUUCAGGAAAAUUGAA